GCCUUUUUGCCCGCAACCAAGAUGGUGCUUCCUAGGUGACCGCCUAGGUUCAGUGGGGCCGUGGCCUGCGUCUUUGCUGGAAGGUGGUAUGGAGGCCAGAGACAAGCAGGUGCUGCGCUCCUUACGGCUGGAACUUGGUUCAGAGGUGCUGGUGGAGGGACUCGUGGUUCAGUAUCUUUACCAGGAAGGAAUCUUGACCGAGAACCACGUUCAGGAAAUCAAAUCCCAGACCACCGGCCUCCGGAAAACAAUGCUGCUGCUUGACAUUCUUCCUACUCGGGGACCAAAGGCGUUCGAAACGUUCCUGGACUCCCUACGGGAAUUUCCCUGGGUAAGAGAGAAACUGGAGAAGGCUCGCAAGGAAGCCCAGCAGGAGAAUCCCGCAGAUGGUAGGAUUUCUGAGAUUCCGCCACACAUUUUGAACCGCUCACCAUCUGACCAGCAGAUUAACCUACUGGCCAGACGUCUGGGCCCAGAGUGGGAGCCCGUGGUGCUGGCUCUGGGCCUGUCGCAGACGGACAUCUACCGCUGCAAGGCCAACCACCCCCACAACGUGCAGUCCCAGAUCGUGGCCGCCUUCGUCCGGUGGAAGCAGUGCUUUGGGCACAAGGCAACCGUUGGGAGCCUGCAUGAUGGUCUCGUGGCUAUGGACGUGGACCCUUCGGUGCUGCAGCACAUGCUGGAGUGAAGCUGGCCCACCCCUGGUGCUCCCAGAGCCCUUCGGUCAAAUGUUGCCUUAGCAAAAUCUCACUGCAAAUUCUGAUUUCUCUUCUCCUUCACUGCCUCUUUCCCUCUCCUUCUGUCGUGCUCCUCCCUCC